CAGCGGGCUCUGAGGAGAAGCGGUCGGCGCCGGACACCUCCUUCCUCCACCAUGUCGCGGGAUCGGUUCCGUAGCCGUGGCGGCGGGGGAGGCGGCUUCCACCGGCGAGGAGGCGGCGGCGGCCGCGGCGGACCCAACCACGAUUUCCGCUCCCCGCCGCCCGGCAUGGGCAUGGGCCAGAACCGCGGCCCCAUGGGGGGCGGCCCGCAGGGCCCGGGCGGCCCGCCGGGUGGAGGCCCCAAGCCCGAGCCGCCCAAGCCGCCCGCUUCCACCUCCGCUCCGCCUUCCUCGUCCUCCUCCUCCGCCGCCGCCACCACGGCGGGGCCGGCCGGCAGCCAGGCCGGCCCCGGGGCCCCGCCGCCGUCCGCGCUGCCCUCGGGGCAGGGACCGCAGCAGCAGGCGCAGGGCUCCGCGCCCCCUUCAACGCCCUCGGGCCCGGGAGGGCAGCAGCAGCCGAAGCCGAGCCCCAGCCCCACUCCCGCCGGCGGCCCCAAGAAGGGGCAAGGACAGUCUCCCGGCGGCGGGCCCAAGGGCCCGGGCGGCCCCUCGCAAGGCCCGGGCGGGCCGCACAAGGGCGGCCCGGGGCACCGCGGCGGCCCGGGCGGGGAGCCGCGCGGCCGCGGGCAGCAGCACCAGGGACAGCAGAGCCACUCGGCGCAGCAGGGCCCGGGCGGCGGCGAGAAGCUCUCGGACGAGGGCUUUAAAGCAAACCUGUCUCUUCUGAGGCGGCCCGGGGAGAAGACCUACACUCAGCGCUGCCGCUUGUUUGUUGGCAAUUUGCCCGCCGAUAUCACAGAUGAGGACUUCAAAAGACUGUUCGCCAAAUAUGGGGAGCCGGGAGAGGUUUUUAUCAAUAAGGGAAAAGGAUUUGGUUUCAUUAAAUUGGAAUCCAGAGCUCUUGCAGAAAUUGCAAAAGCAGAACUGGACGAUACCCCCAUGAGGGGUCGACAGCUUCGUGUCCGAUUUGCCACACAUGCUGCUGCUCUUUCAGUGCGUAAUCUUUCACCCUAUGUGUCCAACGAGUUACUAGAAGAAGCUUUUUCCCAGUUUGGUCCAGUGGAAAGAGCUGUUGUAAUUGUAGACGAUCGAGGCAGAUCAACAGGAAAAGGCAUUGUUGAAUUUGCAUCAAAGCCAGCUGCAAGAAAAGCGUUUGAACGGUGUACUGAAGGAGUGUUUUUGUUGACAACCACUCCCAGGCCAGUUAUUGUAGAACCGCUGGAGCAACUGGAUGAUGAAGAUGGUCUUCCAGAAAAGCUCGCUCAGAAGAAUCCGAUGUAUCAAAAGGAAAGAGAGACUCCUCCCCGUUUUGCUCAGCCUGGCAGUUUUGAAUUUGAAUAUUCCCAGAGGUGGAAGUCUUUAGAUGAAAUGGAAAAGCAGCAGAGAGAACAAGUGGCAAAAAACAUGAAAGAUGCCAAGGACAAACUUGAAAGUGAGAUGGAAGAUGCUUACCAUGAACAUCAGGCAAACCUCUUGCGUCAAGACCUUAUGAGACGGCAGGAAGAGCUGAGACGUAUGGAAGAACUCCAUAAUCAGGAAAUGCAGAAACGCAAGGAAAUUCAGCUGAGGCAGGAGGAAGAGCGUCGCAGGCGGGAAGAGGAAAUGAUGAUACGUCAGCGAGAAAUGGAAGAGCAAAUGAGAAGGCAGAGAGAAGAGAAUUAUAGUAGAAUGGGUUACAUGGAUCCAAGAGAGAGAGACAUGAGAAUGGGUGGUGCCACCACAAUGAACAUGGGAGAUCCUUAUGCUUCUGCAGCCCAGAAAUUUCCACCUCUCGGAGGUGGUGGCGGCAUAGGUUAUGAAGCUAAUCCAGGAGUUGGCCAAGCAGCCAUGAGUGGUUCUAUGAUGGGAAGUGACAUGCGUCCUGAGCGCUUUGGGCAGGGAGGUGCGGGGCCUGUGGGUGGCCAGGGUCCUAGAGGAAUGGGGCCUGGAACGCCAGCAGGAUAUGGUAGAGGGAGAGAAGAAUAUGAAGGCCCAAACAAAAAGCCCCGAUUUUAGAUGUGACCUGUAGUUUCAUUCCAGUUUGUUUUUGUCUGUCUUGUUUAGACACCAACUUUUUAAUUCUUGCAUUUUAGUAAGAAAGCUACGUUUUUAUGGAUGUUAGAAACUUACUGACCUAAUAUUUGUAAGUGGUCUGUUUGGACAAGUACAAUUUAAUUAUGUAAUGCAGUGUUUCAAGACAAAUUUAGCUGUUUUUUUGAUGUAUAACGUCCCUAACUUGAUGGCAGUGUACCUUGUGCCACUGAAUUCCCAAAGUGUACCAACUUUUUUUUACUGUGCUUCAAAUAAAUAGAAAACUAAAUGUAGUAAUUCUUCUUGCCAUUCGUGGUUAAAAAUAUGAGGCUAAAUACCACACCUUCAGCGUUAACCAAAUGAGUUUUGCAAUUGAGGUCAAAUUUAGACCAGGGUGUGGAAAAGUAGUGAAAAGCGAGAUCUUCUCUCAUAAUCCCCUGCCUCUAGUUUAAGAUGGGGUCAAAUAGUUGCCUAAUUUUCCAGUAUGUACAGUUCUUUGAGCAUUAAUCGUGCUGCAAUAAGGAAGCAAAUGGAAAUCUUGCAAAGUGCUGUAAGAUACCAUAAUGAAAGCUCUGCUGCAAGCGGUGAAGCAGUCCUGUAAUGAAUUCCAGAUUUUAGCCGUGGAUAAUGGGUGGUGGGAUGGUAGCACUUAACCACCUUGGCAUUUACUGCUUGAAAUCUUCGAAAGACUUUUAAGCAGAAGACGAGAAAUAGUUAUUUUAAUAUAAAUCCAUAGAAUGCCUUGUAUUGACUGACUUCCUAAUUAAAGGAUUGUUAAUGUGAUAUUUAUCUGCUAUUAAGCUGCCUGGGAUUACAGGAUCUGGCCUUGUUUAGUAUUGUAUACUUAACUAAAAUUGCUUGGCAAAAAGACCAGAAGUGUUACUUAAACCAAAUAGAGGAGAAUCUGUUAAUUUUAUACUUUUAACUUGCUUAUGUCCUCAUGCUAUUUGAGUGGACUGAUUGCAUAGUUCAGAAGUCAAUUGUAUUAUUAAGAGAUCUGUAGAAACUAGUCUUAAAAUUUGUAGCUUGUGGGUAAAUUCUGAAAAGCUGUAUGCAAAACACAGAAAUCAGCAUUCUUGCACGAUGGUUAUUGCCACUUUAUUAUUGAUGUUUGGAGAAAAUGCAUCAAAAGUAGUAUUCAAGUAUGGAGUUUAAUAGUUAAUACUACACAGUGCAAAUAAACUCCCUUUAAGGCUGUCUUAGAGAUUGGAUGAAUUUGUUAGCUUGCUGUCAGCUUCAUUAAGUCCCAGAAGAAUUGCAAAGGAUUCUGGACUUAUUGCUAUAAGGUAGUUACUUUGAUUUUUUUAUUACACGGUACCAAAUAAGCUGGGAACUUGACUUCCCAGUGUAAAAUGCCUUGGUGUUAUUGCAGGAUACCUCAACCUGCUUAGCACGAUGUAGAUAAGCUUAGCGUGGCUGUACCUUCACACAGUUCCCCAAUGGCUGAGUAUUCUGUGAAUAGCUUUUAAUUUGCUGAAGAUCGUUCCAUUCCUUGUGCUAAGCAUUGGCUAAUUCAAAAUUCUAUGUUAAAUUUUUCUGUGGUUAAAACAUUAGUGUCAGUUUGCAAUAUCUUAGAGUGCAGAUGAUCCCUCUUGAAGUACUCAUUGUAAGUGCUGUUACUCCUUAAAUGUAAAAAUACUAGCAUGUUGUGAAAUGUUGAUACCAGGUAAUGCUGACUUUGAAUAUGAAGUGCACGAAAUAGUGACUCAGCUGGUUUGGUGAAUGUUUCUAUUUUCCCAGAAAAAGCUUUGGGGGCGGAUAACAUGCUACCACGAUGAAUUGCUACUCAGGAAUCUGGAAUGGCGGUUCCUGAACUGCAGACCAAGUAUUGGGGAGUCCUUACAUUGGAUACUUUAGUUAAAAAAUCAGCAGUCCAGCUGCAUUUGGUUUUAUUUAGUAGGAUUAAAUAAUGCAUAUAUUGUCUGGAGGGUGUUCGUGGGACACCCACAAAAGGUGAAGGUGUCUGAGAUGGGGGAUUCUGAACGUAAACGUUACAUUAAUUUUUUCAGUUUAUUUUUCAGAUUACAUGUCAUUCUUUAUUAAAGAGAUGCUGGUGCAUAUCCUAAAGUAUGUUCUUUUGUAGUUCUGUAACUUUGAAGAGUGAAGGAUGCUGAUGUCCUUGUACCUUGCAAAGGUUGUCUUUUGGUACCCCAGUUUGUACGUAAGCUAUGUUGCGAGGUAUUAAAAAUAGACUAGUUGCAAAACUGUGAUUAGUAAAUCUACUGAAAGAUUUGGCAGUUUUCAAAACAUACGAAAGUUUGGUUAAAUCUAGCCUGGUAGCUGCAUAAGCAGAAUUUCUAAAACAAACAAGUUCUGCUUUUGAGUUGCACGUAUUAAUCAGGUAUAUUAUUAACUAGCCAACUAGAUUACAAGACCUUUUAAAGGCAAUGUCUUAAAAGCUGGCAAACAUACCAAUUUUAAAAUCUGAUAAAGUUGUUAAAUGGGGGAGGCGGACAUGCUCUUUUGAUAUGUUCUGAUGUGGUAUUGGUCCUGUUCAUAAAAAUCAGAUUUAUAACUGAUUUUUUUAAACUAUUUGGCCAAGCGCUGGGUUGGCCAGACCCAUUUUUGGAUGGUCUGGAUCACAUAACAUUUUUUUUUAUUGUGGGAUUUGGAGGACAUUGGCUGUUGCAAUUCAUCUUGCUUUCACAAAAUUGAGCCCAUUUUAACAGUUAUCUCGAAACUCUGCAGCAUGUAGCAACUGGUAUCUUUAUCUUCACACUUUCUUAAAAAUUAAUACAGAAUCUUAUCUUUUGGUGUAGACUCAUCACACUACCUAAUUAUUUAUUCAGCUAAUGAGAAACUGAAACUGCUUUUGAGAUUUUGUGGUAUUUUUAUGGUAGAAAGAAUUCUUGGCUUCUCCUUGGCAACCAUUUACUGUGGCAGCAAAUUUUUGCUGGAGUUUUUGAGACUGCAAUUUACUCUUAAAACUAGUGGCCUGCUACGUAACUGCACUUAGCCAGCAUUUCUGCAGUUCAUAACUGUGAGGAACGUAGUACCACAAAUGGCAAUGGACAUUAGGACCCGGAUGUAGUAUUCCUGCUUGCUCCGAGAUUCUCAUUGCCGACUGCAUACAGGUAGGUAACAAGCAAUAUAAUAUAACUUGGUGACUUUCUGUGUAAUCUUAUACUGUGGGUAUUCUGACAUCACACUUCUGACUGUGGAAUUACAGUGCAGCACUCUUCAUACCUGUAUACUGAGCUUACAUCAAAGCUGCGUGGCUUUCGGUUUUGACCUUUGCCUUGUUCAGAAUCAAUAAGCAACUUACUGUGAUUCUUAGACGAGUGUUUUCAGACCCGAUUCCUUUGUACAUAUUGACUCGGCUUGUGUGCAUUUUUCUUAGUUACACGGUAACAAAGAUACUCUUAGAGCUCUGUGGGGAAGAGGGAGUGUGAUCUUAACUCACUAUUAGGUGUUACUAGUGCCUAGAAAAGGACUGUUGAAACUUUCUGCAGUGACAAAAUGACCCAUCGGCAGUGCUUCCUUUUGUAGAGUCUUGGCUAAGCAGGAACUGCAUUGAUAAUCACUGUUCUGGCCUUGUGUGAACUAAAUGGGAUAGUAAUUUAAAGCUUGCUAAUACAGUUAGCUUCAAGACUGAUUGGACGUGUUUUUCAGGGGAAAUAGAUGAGCGCUUAAAUGAACAUCCCCAGGAAGAGUUUCAUAGAGCUUAUUGCACACUUCAGUUGUUUCAAUUAAUCUUUGAUUGACAGUCAUACAUUCAGCUGCCUUUUUUUGACGAUAACAGAGUUUCUGUUUUUCUACCUUUAGUAGUCAUCGUGGUAGUACUGAAUUUAAUUUUUCAUCAGUCUUUCAGGAUGUAAUUCUAAACUCUUUCAUUAUAGAAAUACUGAAUGUAGUUUUAGGAUGAACGUGCUUACCUUUCCAGACUUCUAAGUAUGCUGAUCUCUAGCUCUUUUAUUAGCUCUCGAACCUGAAUUUCAAGGUCCCUUACUUCAGCAGCGAAUGUAGCUCCUGUCUGAUGCUCGAGAACGUAUUUCAGAGGUGGUAUAACGUGUUUUCCCUGUCAUUCUGCAAAGUUCUGCUUUGCAUAUUUGUUUCUGGUGUUACUGCCAUAUUUGGAUACUUCUGUAUUAUAUUCCAGGAAGGACUCUUACUGCAAACAGUUGAUCUGCUGGACAGUCUUGCCCCUGCUGUAGCUUUCUUUUCAUGUUUCUUUGAAAAACUGCAUUAGCAUCUGCACCUUAACCUCAGCAUCGUAACAGCAGGUCUCUGGUUACACUGCAGUGAGUGCAGCUGAACGCUAGCUAGUCCAUUAGUGACACCAUUUGUCACAAAGUCGUUUUUGGGUUUUUUUGAUGACGACUUAAUCUUACCUGUGAAUAGAUUCAGUAACGAAACUGGCAGUAUGUGUACUGUCAUAUAGCAAAAAUGAAUUAUUAGCUAUCUUUAAACCAAUGCUAAGAUAUCACCAGUUUUUCCACUGUGCUCUGGUUAUGUGAUUUUACCUGCAAGAGUGUCGUGGAGGGAUUAUUGGCACAUCUGCCUUGUUCUACAUACUCGAACUAACAGGUUUUUGACACUCCUA